GACACGGAGACAUGAAGACACGAUGACAUGGAGACACGGAGACAUGAAGACACGAAGACACGGAGACAUGGAGACACCAGUUUCAUUCCAAAGCUUCAGAUCAACCUUAGGUGACGCAUGUCCCCUCCCCCAACAGAGAACUUCAUAUCGUUGUUCUAUUACUGGCAAUUUUCCCAAGCCUGUUGUCAUCUUCUCUUCCACGAUGAGGGCAGCACAACAACAACAACAGCUGCAGACCAGACCAACAACAUCAAACUGAGAAGACGAAGAAGACGAUAAUCCCUCGAUAGCACGCAUGCUUUCAGAAGUGUGUUUGGUAUCUGAUUUAUAUUUACAGCCUCUGAGAGCUGCAGACACAGCAGCUGUUAUCACCUCAAGCACCGCGGUGGCUCUGGGAGCUGGUGCUCAGUCCACCUCAUCCCACUGGUCAGGCUCAUGCAGACCGUUAUCUGGUCUGUGUGGACCAGCAUCCGGUAGGUAUGGACCAGCAUCCAGUCUGUAUGGACCAGUAUCCGGUAGGUAUGGACCAGCAUCCAGUAUUUAUGGACCAGUAUCCGGUAGGAAUGGACCAGCAUCCAGUCUGUAUGGACCAGUAUCCGGUCUGUAUGGACCAGCAUCCAGUCUGUAUGGACCAGUAUCCGGUAGGUAUGGACCAGCAUCCAGUCUGUAUGGACCAGCAUCCGGUCUGUAUGGACCAGCAUCCAGUCUGUAUGGACCAGUAUCCGGUAGGUAUGGACCAGCAUCCAGUCUGUAUGGACCAGCAUCCGGUCUGUAUGGACCAGCAUCCAGUCUGUAUGGACCAGUAUCCGGUAGGUAUGGACCAGCAUCCAGUCUGUAUGGACCAGUAUCCGGUAGGUAUGGACCAGCAUCCAGUCUGUAUGGACCAGUAUCCAGUAGGUAUGGACCAGCAUCCAGUCUGUAUGGACCAGCAUCCGGUCUGUAUGGACCAGCAUCCAGUCUGUAUGGACCAGUAUCCGGUAGGUAUGGACUAGCAUCCGGUAGGUAUGGACCAGCAUCCAGUCUGUAUGGACCACCAUCCGGUAGGUAUGGACUAGCAUCCGGUAGGUAUGGACCAGCAUCCAGUCUGUAUGGACCAGUAUCCGGUAGGUAUAGACAAGCAUCCGGUAGGUAUGGACCAGCAUCCAGUAGAUAUGUACCAGUAUCCGGGAGGUAUGGACUAGCAUCCGGUAGGUAUGGACCAGUAUCCAGUCUGUAUGGACCAGUAUCCGGUAGGUAUGGACCAGCAUCCAGUAUUUAUGGACCAGUAUCCGGUAGGAAUGGACCAGCAUCCAGUCUGUAUGGACCAGUAUCCGGUAGGUAUGGACAAGCAUCCGGUAGGUAUGGACCAGCAUCCAGUAGAUAUGUACCAGUAUCCGGUAGGUAUGGACCAGCAUCCAGUAGAUAUGUACCAGUAUCCGGUAGGUAUGGACCAGUAUCCGGUAGCUAUGGACCAGCAUCCGGUAGGUAUGGACCAGUAUCCGGUAGGUAUGGACCAGCAUCCGGUAGGUAUGGACCAGUAUCCAGUAGAUAUGGACCAGCAUCCGGUAGGUAUGGACCAGCAUCCAGUAGAUAUGGACCAGCAUCCGGUAGCUAUGGACCAGUAUCCAGUCUGUAUGGACCAGUAUCCGGUAGGUAUAGACAAGCAUCCGGUAGGUAUGGACCAGCAUCCAGUAGAUAUGUACCAGUAUCCGGGAGGUAUGGACUAGCAUCCGGUAGGUAUGGACCAGUAUCCAGUCUGUAUGGACCAGUAUCCGGUAGGUAUGGACCAGCAUCCAGUAUUUAUGGACCAGUAUCCGGUAGGAAUGGACCAGCAUCCAGUCUGUAUGGACCAGUAUCCGGUAGGUAUGGACAAGCAUCCGGUAGGUAUGGACCAGCAUCCAGUAGAUAUGUACCAGUAUCCGGUAGGUAUGGACCAGCAUCCAGUAGAUAUGUACCAGUAUCCGGUAGGUAUGGACCAGUAUCCGGUAGCUAUGGACCAGCAUCCGGUAGGUAUGGACCAGUAUCCGGUAGGUAUGGACCAGCAUCCGGUAGGUAUGGACCAGUAUCCAGUAGAUAUGGACCAGCAUCCGGUAGGUAUGGACCAGCAUCCAGUAGAUAUGGACCAGCAUCCGGUCAGUCUGCAUGAACCUACGGUCACCUGACUGUACCCCGUCUAAAGUCCUAAACUCCUAAAGUGUAACGCCCUGCUCUGUGUCUCCUGUGUUCUGUCUCCUCUGUGUCUCCUCUGUUUCUCCUCCGUCUCCUCAGUCUCCUCUGUGUUGAUUGGUUCAUCCCCUUCACCUGCCCUUAGCCUCUCUCCUCUUGUGACUGCCUCAUGACGUACACCUGUUGUCCCCCUAUAUAUUGUCCAAGUCUGUCCCUUGUGUCCUGUGGAUUGUUGUCUGUAGUUCUGGUCUCCUUGUCCGUGUCCUUGUGGUUUUUGUGCUAAGCUCUCUAGCGUUACCCAUGUGUAUUCCUGACCUCCGAUUCUCUGCUGCCUCUUUUUGGACUUGUUUGCUUUUUGGACCUUUUGCCUCAGUAAAGAGACUUUGUGUUAUUCACAUUGAGUCCGGUCCUGUUCCUCUGCUCCUCCUCAUCCCGUGACAAGACCCUGAGGGAACAAUCCAGCCUUGGAUGGCUCAGCAGAGGUCAGCGCUGUGCGCUCAGCUCUCCAGACGCAGGAGGAGCGUCUAUCCAACAUUGAGCAGUUCAUCUCUGGGAGGUACCAGGAGCUCCACGACCGUCAGGGUGCUUUGACGGAACAACUGCGGGAUCUCCAAGUCCAGAGCAAGCCACUUAAGGCCAGUUGCAGGUCCCAGUCUCCAGGACUUGUACACCAGGAGGUGCAGAACCAGAGCCGGCAGGAUCAUGAAGGAUCCUCACCACCCCAACAACAGACUGUUUCAGCUGCUGCGGUCAGGCAGGCGCCUCCGUAGUCACGCUGCAAGAACAGAGAGACUGAGACGGAGUUUCUUUCCUCAGGCCAUCAGGAUUGUGAACUCCGACCUCACCAGGACCCCCACAUAGACCCACACAACUGCCCCUCUUAGGCACACACACACACACACACACACACACACACACACACUUACUGUAAAUAUUGUGUUGUUUUUUAUUGUAAAUAGUGUGUACUUGUUGCCCUUGCACAUUCCUGCUGAGCAUUGCCACUUUCAUUUCACUGCACACCCUGUGUGUGUAUGUGACAAAUAAAACAUCUUGAAUCUUGAAUGCAGGGUACAACAUGGGUACAACAUGGG